UGCGUCAGUUACGUCAUGGCCAAGAUGGCAGCCUCCGUGGUGGUAGAAAGCGGAGAGGAUGUUUUCAGAAAAAUGUUUAAGUUUUAUAAAAGAAGGGAUCCGCCUCCAGACUUAAGGGACGUGACGGACUUCAGCAGCGGAGCAGCAUCAGGAGGAAAGAUUGUUCCAGUAAAACUGGAUCCAGCUGCUGUGAGUGAUGAAGAGGCUGCCUGUGUCGGUUUGCAGCCCAUCAGAGACUGGAGAGCUUUCGGACUGCAGGGAUACCCAGGCUUUAUUUUCAUCUCCAAUCCUUUCCUGCGGGGCUCCCAAGCUUUCUGGGUUAGACAGUGUUUGAAGACAUACCCUCAGAAACCGAACGUGUGCAACCUGGACAUGCACAUGUCACCCUCUGACACACAGGAAAUCUGGGCCAGGAGUGUGCAAGCUCUGAGGACUCCCGCUUCUGUAAAGAGACAACCAAAAACUCUACUAGAGAGGCUGCGCUGGGUAACCCUGGGAUACCAUUACAACUGGGACACUAAGACUUACUCUGCCAACAGUUACACGCCAUUCCCGGCUGAUCUGCACAUGCUCUCCGUACGGAUAACAGUUGCCUGUGGCUUCCCGGGAUUCAACUCAGAGGCAGCCAUCUUGAACUAUUAUCGAUCAGAUUCCUCUCUGGGAAUCCAUGUGGACGAGUCAGAGCUGGAUCACUCUCGUCCUUUGCUGUCGCUCAGUUUCGGACAGUCGUCCAUCUUCCUGCUGGGUGGCCCCCACAGACAAGACCCCCCCACUGCUAUGUUCAUGCACAGCGGAGACGUGAUGUUGAUGUCAGGACAGAGCCGGCUGCUGUAUCAUGCUGUCCCUCGGAUUCUUCCAGCUCUGCCACAGCAUGCGGCUCUUUUAGAAGAGCUCAGCUGUGCCUCAGCCCUGCAGACUGGCAGCGUCCUGGAGCCGGUGUCUCAGGAGGAUUGGGAUGUGUGUUCCAGGUACAUUCAAAGCUCCAGAGUGAAUGUGACUGUCAGACAGGUGUUGGGACCUGGACAGAGCUUCCCAGAGGAACCAAUGUCCGCACUCCAAACGGGCGACGAGGGACGGGUGGUCGGGUGUCAUGACGAUGGAAACAGUGGGAAAAGGAAGAGGACGUGCAGUAACCCUGUGGGGACGGUAGAGACGUGAAAGACCCAUAGAGCUUUUUACAUCUAAUGAAAGCCACUUCUGAAAUGUAAUUUUUCAGACAAUAUAAUUAAAAGGUGUUUCAGAGUUCUCAAAAGGGUUCAGAAAUUUAAUUCCCAACCUAUGAAAACUGUCUGCAUCCUGCACAAAGCAGCUUAAAGUGAUAUUUAUUUUUUUAAUAUGUCUUCAAAUAUUUUAAAGUUACAGAAACCCAAGUUUAUCACUACAGAAUCAAUCAAUCAAUGACUGAAAUGCCUCUCUGGUGCUGUUCAGCUCACAUCCAUGGAGGACAACUUUACACUACUAACUUGUGAAAGAGAAAUCUUGAAGGAAGAAAUUGGAGAAAUCAUUAGGUUUAUUUGCGUAAUCAAAUAUUUAAUGUAGACUGUAGUAAAACUGAGUGAUGAUAAUGUGUGUGUGUGUUGCAAUAAACGAGAAGCUUUGAGAUGCAUAAGAGCACGGCGUUGGCGUAUGUUCAGAUUAAAAAUUUUCUCCCUUC